UUGUCGAUAUAUUUGUUCUUUUCUAUUUAAUAUUAUUUUACUGUAAAUAAAUUUUAUUUUUAUGAAUAGGAUUAUUUCCAAAGAACAUUCAACAUUUCUUGACUAGAACAGUGUUCUCCAAACUAGUUUUCUAGUUUACCAGUUGGUAGAAUAAGACUGAACUGAUAAGAGUAUGAGUAUCGUGUGUUGUGUGCAGUUGGUUGGUGUGUGAUGCUCGCUUAUUCGCGUCAUUUGACGGUAUUAAAUUGUAGGAAAGGGUUACUUAUGUCAACGCCGCAGAGUACGAAUAUGUCGUCUUUAGUACAAAUUGACGGAAGCUUGGGCGAAGGGGGUGGCCAAGUAUUGAGGAUAGCACUUUCUAUCAGUACACUAUAUAAAAUCCCGAUUAAAGUUGACAAUAUACGAGCAGGUCGUCCUAAGCCUGGUCUUGCUGCACAGCAUUUAAAAGGUGUGGAAUUAUUGAAAGAAAUGUGUAAUGCAGAAGUUAAAGGAGCUCAUAUAGGAUCAACAUGUUUAGAAUUUAAACCAAAUCAAUUAAAUGCUGGUAAAAAACGUACAUUCGUUGUAGACACAGGAACUGCUGGUUGCAUUUGUUUAUUAGCUCAAGUUGGAUUGCCCUGUGCUCUUUUUUGUCCAGAUAUGGAUACUAUUACAUUAAUUCUUAAAGGUGGUACAAAUGUUCCUAUGGGACCACAAAUAGAAUAUCUCACAGAGGUGUUCAAACCAUUACUUAACAAAUUUGGUGCUGAUUUUGACUUCUCAUGUGUAACAAGGGGUUAUUAUCCAAAAGGAGGUGGAGAAGUACAUUUGUACAUAAAACCUGUACAUUUUUUGAAUGCUGUCACUUUACUUGAUCCUGGAAUUCCUUGCGAUAUAACAGGAUGGGCAAGUGUUGCAGGUGUUGUGAGAAUUGAGGAAGCACAGAGAAUGGCAAAUGAUGCAAGAUCAGUUUUAACAGAAGGCUUAAAUAAAAAUAAUAUUUGUAUCCCACCUAUCAAAAUUAAGGCUUAUAAAGAACAUAGAUCUGUGGCCAUCGGCAAUGGAUCUAGCAUUAAUAUAGCGUGUACUACCGAUAACGGAUGUGUGUUUGGUGGUUCUGGUUUGGGUUCUGGACGUCGAGAACAAAUACCACCAGCUAUACAAGCCGCUAACGAAAUUUUGGAUACAAUUUUAGCGGGAUCUUGUGUUGACAAAUAUGCGCAAGAUCAGUUAAUAAUUUUGAUGGCCUUAGCACGAGGUAUUUCUAAAAUUAAACUUGGAAGCCAAAAACUUACAUGUCACACCGAAACUGCUAUAAAAGUGACAGAGAUGAUGCUACACAAUCAUGAUCUUUAUUUUAAGUUGCAUGAAAGCAAAGAUGUUGACAACAGUAUCUCUUAUACUUUAGAGUGCAAGGGUACUAGUUACCAAAUUCAAGGUAUAAGAUAA